AAACAGAUAAUUUCAGAAAAGAAAGACGAGAGCAGACAAGUAGAAAAGCUUCUUUGGCUUUAAUAAUGGAUGCUGUAUCAUGACACGUUCAAGCAGUGUGUCGACAACCAAAGAGGGCUAAAGAUGGCGACUUGGAGACUGAGAUCACUACUAUCUAUAUCCAAAUGCAAAUCCAGAUUCAUCUACCUCCCAUCAUCUUCAAUCCGUAGAUUAUCUUCAUCUAACGUUCCAUCUCUAUUUGAAAAUGUCGGAUUCGUAGGGCUAGGAAAUAUGGGAUCGCGAAUGGCUAAUAAUUUGAUUAAGGCAGGAUACAGAGUUGCUAUUCAUGACGUAAACCAUAAUGUUAUGGAGAUGUUCUCAGACAAGGGAAUUACAACAAAAGAAUCACCUUUUGAAGUUGCAGAAAUAAGUGAUGUGGUAAUCACAAUGUUACCUUCAUCAAGCCAUGUAUUGGAUGUUUACAGCGGACCAAACGGUUUUCUCCGUGGUGGGAAUCUGCUAAGACCAUGGUUAUUUAUAGAUUCAUCCACAGUUGAUCCUCAAACAUCAAGAAAGCUUUCUGCUGCUGUAUCUAGGUGUACUUUAAGAGAAAAGAAAGAUUGCUGGGAGACGCCUGCCAUGUUGGAUGCCCCUGUAUCUGGAGGUGUUCUUGCUGCAGAGGCUGGAACACUUACUUUCAUGGUUGGUGGCUCAGAGGAAGCUUAUCAGGCUUCGAAACCCCUAUUCCUUGCAAUGGGCAAAAACACAAUUUAUUGUGGUGGAGCUGGAAAUGGUUCAGCAGCAAAGAUAUGCAACAAUUUGGCGAUGGCUGUUAACAUGCUUGGGGUGUCAGAAGCCUUUGCUCUUGGACAGUCUUUGGGAAUUGCAGCCGGUACCCUAGCAAAGAUAUUCAAUUCUUCAAGUGCUCGCUCUUGGAGUAGUGAUACUUACAAUCCAGUGCCUGGAGUGAUGGAUGGAGUGCCCUCUUCCAGGAAUUAUGAUGGUGGGUUUGCAUCUAAACUCAUGGUUAAGGAUUUAAACCUCGCUGCAGCAUCAGCAAAAGAGGUCGGUCUUCAUUGCCCAUUGACAUCUCAAGCAGAAGAGAUAGACCUCUCCGCUUGAGAAAGUCAUAGUCACAUCAAAGCUUCUUUCAUCCUAUUGUGUAACAUCAAAAUUAACCAGACAUUUAAUGCUUCAAUAUAAUAGAUUGAGGCUAGUAAAAAGCAUUCAGUUCAAGAUCUUCUAUUCUUUUGAAGAAUUUCUGAUGCCAAAUGAUUUUCCCUUGACCAUUUAAGCUUACUCAGUUUGGGUUGCAAUGAAACUUGCCCCCAUUAUGCAACAAGAAAAGAGAGUUACUGGUAGAACAACAUUUGUGGACAUGAAAAUGCUUAUGAACAUCAUUUCUC